ACAGUGAUCUUGAAACUGUUCCGAAAGGUUUAAGAAAAGCUAUUAUUAAAGGUUAUAAUGUUAAUUUAGUUCGUCUUCUUCUUCCUCGAGACAACAAAAAAUAUAGUCGUAAUGAUGAUGAUGAUGAAGACAAAAAUGUUUAUCUUAAACAAAAGGAUGAUCCUCGUUUAGAUAAAAACCUUACUAUUCUUGAAUUUAUAUUAGCUAUUACACGUUAUUUAAAUAUCAUCUGUGAAGUUUUUCCUCAACGACGUCGUGAAUUAACAGCUUAUUUGUGUGAUAUAAUUCUUUUUUCUUCUCGCUUCGGCCAUCCUUUUUUCUAUCGUUACCACCGUUUAUUUGCUCAAAAAGCUGAAACUCUCUUGCAAACACGUAACAUUUUGAUUGAUUGGUCCAAACGAGACCACGAUAUUUAUUUUAAUGUCUUCUCUGGAUUACGACCAAUUGUUUGUGAAUUAUGCCGAAGUCCAGACCAUUCCACAUCUUUUUGUAAAAAAAUACUCAAUCGGGAUGAUUUAAUUGGGAAAAUGUUAUCGGAAAAUCACGAUUAUUUUCCAUUUUCAACAUCAUCGAAAGUUUCUUUUCAUCAAGCUUUAGGUAGUGAUGAUAUUAAGCAAGAUUCUGGUCCUACUUGUAAAUUUUAUAAUGGAGCCGGUUUCGGAAAAUGUGUUCAACCGAAUUGUCGUUUUCUUCAUUUAUGUUCUCGUUGUCGAGGUACACACCCCAAAAAAUUGUGUAAUAUCAAAUAAAUUGACAUUAUAUAUAAACUGUAUUGCUGCUAUUAAAAAAAAAAGAAAAAAAUUAAGUACUCCUACAAGUACGAAUAAUAAUAUAAUAAACAUAGAAUUAAGUUAUAACGAUUAAGGAUUCUCUAAUAGAGUAUUUUUUUUUUCUUCAUUUAAAUUGAAUUAACGUAGUUAUGGUAUGAGUCGCUGAAUUAUGUUUGCAAUAAUUGAUCUAAUUAUCCCUUAUUUAUAGUUACCAGUUGCUCUACGAGCAUUCCUCCAGUAGCAACUACGCCAAUUGAUAUCUGUCGAUUGGAGCAAGAAUUAG